CCACAUCACCUUUCUAUCACCAUUUAUCUUAAAUGUUUCACUAGUACCAUGGCUACUGACCUUGGCCUUCUUUCAUUGACCCAGAUUCAAAAAUUAGCUCAAAAUCAACCACAAAACCCUAACUUUUCUUCAGGUGAUAGUUCUUGGAUGUUGAACCCUAAGCAACCUUCUCAGGAAGAUGAUGAUUCAUGGGAGGUUAGGGCGUUUGCUGAAGACACAGGUAAUAUAAUGGGCACCACUUGGCCUCCGAGGUCUUAUACUUGCACCUUUUGUAGAAGGGAAUUCCGGUCAGCUCAAGCCCUAGGCGGCCACAUGAAUGUACACCGCCGUGACCGCGCUCGCCUCCACCAAACACAGCCGGGUUCAAUCAAUCUUUCCUCUUCAUCAUCUUCUACUUCUUCAUCGACAUUGAUAAUUCCAACUCAAGAGUUUGCUUCAAAUGGUGGAUUAUGUCUACUCUACCAAUUGCCUAACCCUAAUGGGGUUUUCACUCCCACAGCAUUGACUGCAUGUGCCGUUGACUCGCCUUCGACUCUUCUCUCUAUCUCGCCGUAUCCCUCCACCAACUUGAUAGCGGCGCCGUCGAUAAAUUUCCCAGUAACGCCACAAGUGCUAAAUUCUUCUUACUCGAGCAAAGAUCCAUCAGGCUCUAUCGACAACGGCAAUAAUGUGAAGGAGAACUGCAACAGCUACAACGAUUCGGAAAUCGAAGAGCUUGAUCUAGAGCUUCGGCUAGGGCACGGACCAACACCAUCGUGACAACAAAUAAACAAGAAAUUACAUUGUGUGAGUUCGAUUUCUUCAUUUGCAGUUUGAGAAAAAAGAGUGUCAUUGAUAGACUUGUGUGAGAUUUUUUUGGUUCUUUUGAAAGUAAAACGCUUGAUUGUUUCA